AUGUUUUUUUUAUUUAUUUAUUGCGUGGUUGCACAUUAAUUUAAAAGUGACUCCAGAAUUCUAUAAUUGAAUGGAGAACAGCUCGAAUCAGAAUUAUAGAAGUCAGAACCUUUUUUAAUGAUGCUAUAUGCUCCAUGGUGUGGUCAUUGUAAGCAUUUGAUACCAGUGUUGGAUUAAUUGGCAGAUUAAGUGGAUUACAAAUUUAUUGCAGUUGAUUGUGUUGCAAAUCCUGACGCAAAGAAGAGAUUUGGAAUUAAGGGUUAUCCUACCUUAUUAUACGUAAAGGAUAAUAAGACUCAUAAAUUCUAAGGCCAAAGAACACCCGAAUUAAUAAUCAAGUUCAUACAAGAAGAUUAUGCCCAAUCAAAGGAGAUAAGUGAUGUCCCUAAAUAUGAGCCUUACUAAGAGGGUUUUAUUGAUAAAUAUUUCAAUAAUAUUUGGAUAUUUAUAGCAGUGAUAGUGUUGUCAACCUUAACAAUUGUUGUAACCUUCCUUUGUAUCAAUGAUUACAAGGAGAAUAAAAAGUUGGAUUAGAUGGAAAAGAAGUUGUAGGAGAAAAAGAAAUGAAAAUCUGAGAGCGUAUAAUAAUGUAUAUUGGUAUGGAAUCAUAAUAAUGUACAAUUCUCUCAAA